CAGGAAGGAGGAAGUGCUGAUCGUCUGAUCAAAUCCACUGACCUCUGCCUCUCAUCCUGCUCAUCUGUCUGCUGACUAUAUAGUGGUGAAGCUUCUGCCAAGGGGCACUGAAGAGGACAACAACGACAGUAGAGAUGCAUGGUAUCCUCAGAAGCUGUGCACUUACUGCACUGCUGCUGGCUGCAGCCUGGGCAGACCACAAGCUGUCCUCCCCUAAUGCUGACUUUGCAUUUGCUCUCUACAAAAGUCUGAAUGCAAAGACUGCUGCUGGACAGAACAUCUUCUACUCACCACUGGGCAUCUCCACCGUGCUUUCAAUGGUGUCUACAGGGGCCAAAGGUGCAACCCACUGCCAGUUGGUCACCAGCUUGGGCUACAGUGCCUUAAACCAGACCCAGGUCAAUGAAGAAUACAAACGUCUCUUUGACAGCCUUGGACACAGCCAGGAGAAUCUUCAGUUGGAUGUUGGCAAUGCUGCUGCUGUCCGCUCUGGCUUCAAUCCUCGAGAGGAGUUCUUGAAUGAUGUUAAGCAGUACUACUCUGGUGAGAUCUUCACUGUUGACUUUGACAAUUCCACUGAGGCUGCAGCAGAGAUCAACCGAUUUAUUGCAAAUAAAACCCAGGACAAGAUCACAGAUAUGGUGAAGGACCUGGAUCCUGAUAUGGCUAUGAUGCUGAUCAACUAUGUCUACUUUAAGGGUUUGUGGGAGAACCCAUUUGACUGUGCUUACACAAGAAAGGCAGAGUUCCACGUGGACAAGACCACCAAAGUUCAAGUGGACAUGAUGGGAAAAACAAGCAGCUACAAGACCUACUGGGACAGAGAGAACCAAGCCACUGUCGUCAUGCUGCCAUAUAAGGGCCCGGCCUCCAUGAUGAUUGUCUUGCCUAAUGAAGACAAGAUGAAGGACGUGGAGGGCUACAUCAAUAAGGACUCCAUCAGACACUGGAAAAACUCACUCUCCAUGAACUAUGUAAACCUGCAACUGCCAAAAUUUUCCAUCUCUGCUGAUGCUGCUCUGGAGAACACCUUAAAAGAAUUGGGCAUUACCACCGCCUUUGAGGAAACAGCUGAUUUCUCUGGCAUAUCUGAGGAGUUCAAGCUCAAAAUCUCAAAGGCAUCCCACAAGGCUGUUCUUAGUGUCAAUGAGAUGGGGACAGAGGCUGCAGCCGUCAGCACCAUGGAAUUCACAUUCACCAGUUUGCCCCCCUCUGUAAGAAUUAACAGACCCUUCUUGGUUUUCAUUUUGGAGAAGUCCACCGGAAGCAUCCUAUUCAUGGGCAAGAUCAACAACCCCACAGCCCCACAAGAUGCUCAGAAUUGUGAAGAGCCAACUGUCCCAUCUUUUGAUUAUUGACCUGCUAAAGGGUAGUAAGACAAUUUGCAGAAACAGAACAGAAAAUUCUAAAGAAUAACAUUUUUAAGUGGUAGCUCGAAUUUGCAACAAGGUCGCCAAAGAACAAGAGAUAUACAAAAACUGAAGAGGCACUUCACACUCAACAUGGUAAACUGGAACAGCACAUUUAAAAACGUAUCACCACAAUCCAUUCAUAAUACAUUUAAUGUGUAACUGAUGGAGUGGUUCUGUGGACCUAGAGUUACAUACUGGCUACAAAGUAACUUAAACUGGAAGCUCAUUUUCAAAUAAAUGAAAUCACCCUUAAAUCAA